AUGGCUGACAGCAGCGCUGACGCGAAGCACGAAACACAAGAACCGGCACAGAGCUGGGAAGAGAGCUUCACACGGGCAUUCAAUGCCAUAUGCCGGAGGUUCUGGCGGAAUCUGAGGGAACGGAGGAAAUCAUCUGCAGCGAUAGUCCAGGUAACUCAACCUGAUUGCAGAGUUCCUGCCCGGAAACCUCCAACUAGUCUGAGACCAAAACAGCAACAGCGGGCGGCACAAGGGCUGCAAAUCCGAGAUCCUGCGCUAAAAUCCUCAGCAGGUCAGAGACCCAGGCAGCGGCAGAGAGCAUCGCAAGGGCGGCACACCCAAGAUCCACCAUGGAAACUCUCAGCAGGUCAGAGACCCGUGCGGCGGCAGCGAGCAGCACGUGGGCUGCAUACCAGCGGAGUCCGUGGCCCCCGGCAGACCCAAGGACUUUGCCUUAUGACGGGAAGAGUAGCCUACGACCAUGAGACUGGGUGUACUGCAGCGGGAUGCAGAAUCCCAGAGGACUCUUAUUACCGUUUGUGCGGGCCUGAUACCUACCUAGAUGCCAUGGGUAUAGGGUGA